GUUCAAUGUUGUAUGUCACCUGGAUCGUCCAGGCCAUGGUCUGUUGCUAUCGGUUACCUGGUUCGUUCAACGUGGUGUCACCUAUAUCGUUCAGUCUGGAUCUGGCGUUCCUUGUUAACUAGUUCGUCCGGCCAAGAUCGGCAUGGUUACGUGGAUCGUUAAGGUUCAGCUGUCUGAUGGCAGGUCACGUCAUUUUGUCCUUCUUGAGUUCCUAGGUCGUACCAGGCGUUGGGCAACAUCCAGCUCCUUCAAGUUAGCCAUUGCGGCUCCCAUCUCAUGUCACAUCGGGGCUACCAUACCCCGUCCGAGUCUGUCAAGGCCGGGCACGAGCCUUCCGGUCGUUCGUAGGGGUCUCGCGGUCCCCACUCUUCUCACAGCCACGUUUAUUCAGUUUACAAAAAUUUUCCCUCAGAUUCCUAGGAGUGUCUCCAGCCGUCAUAAAAUCCAAAGUAGGCAAAAGUUCUGCAAGGUAAGAUACACGCAACAAGAUCCUAGCAUUGGUAGGUUCUGUUCUUGUUUAUUUCAGUCCAUGUUUUCCUCACCUAGCUCUUAUUGUUGACCUUUCUAUCCGCGGCAAUCCAGAUCAAUUCAUUCUUCACAAGUUCGGUUCAGCCAAAGCGGAUCCAAGAUGUCCCAGUUGUCUGGUACAGAAGACAAUGUGUCUUCCUUAGGCUCAGUAGUCUCAGGUCGCAGCAGCAACAGAUCUCUCCGCAACUGGACCAUUCCAAAGCUAAUUGCUGAGCUAAACAGGAAAGGGAUCCGGUAUCCAUCAUCAGCCAGGAAAGCGGAACUUUAUAGGAUCCUGAUGUCUGAGGCUGGGUCCUCCGAGGAACAAUCUUCCUUGUCAUCUAUACAGCUGUCGCUUUCCCAGCUCCAAGCUUCCAUCAACGGGUUAGUCAACUCAGUCUCGGACAUCCAGUCCAGAGUUGAGGUCCUGGAAGUCCAGCCUUCAACGUCCGGCCAAAGCCAGGCCACCGUAUCAACUCCGGCCGCCCUACAGUCUCUCCAAGGUAUUAAUAUUCCUACCCCCCAAAUUGUCCCAUCCCACUUCCUACCAGAAAGUCUCAAAAAAGAUAUAGUGGCAGGCAAGGACAUAAACCUAGCUUCCAUCCUCAUUGCAUCCCAUGAUGUUGCAGAGAACCGCGUGAUCAACUGUGGGGACGUAUCAAUAGUCAUGAAAGCCAAAGAUGCACGUCUCAGUAGGAAGCUGUCCAUCCCGGAAUUUGUCCUGGCCUUCAGUGUUUAUAGGGAUGUGGUCUGCUCAGCCCAGCCUGACAGAAGGGAGGAAUUGGAUAGAUACCUUUACCGGGUCACCGACCUGGGCCAGAAAUAUGGUGGAUCAGCAUUCUACGAUUAUCACCGGUCCUUCUCCGCCAAAGCAGCAGCAGCGCUCUCCCAGUUCCAGUUUGUCACCAAUUGGGCGGAGAUGGAUACUGAGCUAUUCUGCCGGCACUUCGCGGGGCUCAGGGCCCCCACCUGCUCAAACUGCCAGUCUAUAUUUCAUACAACGGAUUGGUGCCCAAACUACAGUCUUAACACGCCACAAGGUCCAUGGCCCGGCCCCUCCGGCAGUCAGGGCAAUUCCAGUUCAGUGGACAAAUUAGGCCGGCCCAUAGUUUACCUCGGCAAAAGCCAGUUGUGCAACAACUUUAAUCUGGGGAGCUGUGCCUUCAACGCAUGUCGGGCUUUGCACAUCUGCUCGUUGUGUUUCAGAGCUCAUCCUCGCUCCUCGUGCCCUAGGAAAACCUCACAACAACCAUGACUAACCGACAUCAAUGUCGAACUACUGUCGAUUCUCCUAGCCGACCACCCUGAUCGAGCAUUCACUGAAUCCCUGAUAUCCGGUUUCCGCCAAGGGUUUCACACAGGGUUAAUUUCUCUUCCCCAAAGUAACUGGGAGGGUCCUAACCUAAUGUCAGCCAGUCAGGAUCCAGAGGCAGUUAACACAUUGAUCCUAGCAGAGGUCGCCAAAGGUUUCUUGCUAGGCCCCUUCUCCGACGUUCCCUUUCAACACUGGCGCAUCAAUCCCAUCGGUAUUGUAUCAAAACAGUCAUCUAAUAAAAAACGUCUGAUCUAUGAUUUGUCUGCUCCACAUGCUUCGUCCACUCCUAGCCUGAAUUCUCUGAUCCCUUCAGACGAAUUCUCAAUGAGAUACUCUUCCAUUGAUCAAGCAAUCCAGCUCAUUUUGCUCUCAGGCAAGG